AUUGAUUCCCAGUGAUUCCCGGCCGCUUAUAUUUAUUCCUUGGGUUUCCUAGUGGUAUAAAAACGCUUAUUUCGACUAAUUUGCUCCAGUUCCUCUAGUUUUCCUCUAUGAGUUUGAGUUAUUUCUUUAGAUUUCGAUUCAUGUUUAUCCUGAUGAUUUCCCGGGCAGGUGUAUACACAUGAUUCCCGGAGUUGUUUGUCCGCUCGCCGCCGGGCAUGCCACCGCACAAUCCCGUGUCCUAUUCAGGGGCCUGCGUAAAUACGAGGCAAAUCGGGCAAACGCAAUUCAGGUAUUUGCAGUCGCGCACAAGAUAAGACCCGGACACAAUCGGCGCCCCCUUUGAGACCCCGUCCGCCCCGCCGUGUGGCGUCGCCGAUGUACGUUUUCACCUCGGCGCGGUAAAGUCCCUCGAGGACGCGCUGCAACAGCGUCGUUGCGGUGGGCGCCGCCGACGACGACAUCCUGAGCCAGAGGAGGAGAUGGACUCCCAGCUACCGGCCAAGGAGCGCGGACGUGGCGUCAGGGCCAAUCUGAGCCGGCUCUGGGACGACUACGUCCGGCACAGCACGGUGCACGGCGUCGUCUACGUCGGCGGCGUCAACUGCAACACCAAGGAGAGGCUGGUCUGGGCCGCGGCGCUAUUGCUCCUGGUCAGCGGCGGCUACAUCACGUGCCGGCACUCCCUGUUCGGCGACCAUUCGUUCAGCACGACCACGGUCAUCACCAACGACCACCUGCCCGUCAGCAUGUUCGCCUUCCCCGCGCUGUCGCUCUGCCCCCUCAACAAGGUCCGCCGCACCAUCGGCGAGCGGCUGCUGCUGCAGCAGCUCGGGCUGCCGCCGGCGGAGAGCCCCAACGCCACGCUGCGCGCCCAGCUGACGGCCGUGAUGCGCGCGCUGUCCUUCCUCGAGAUGGACCAGAUGACCAACAUCAAGCCCAGCCUGGCGCGGGCCUCCCCGCUCCUCCACCGCCUCGACGGCCUCAACCUCACCGACUUCAUGCUGCAGGUGCUCCCCACCUGUCGCCAGCUGUUCGCCCGGUGCACCUGGCACGACCGCGAAGAGGACUGCUGUGACCUGCUGCACCUGCAGCAAUCCGACCUGGGCUACUGCUACUCGUUCAAUUCGCUGAGUGCCAUCCGCUCCAAGCACUGCAAGACUGUGAAAUCGCACGGCAACGCGAUCAGAACCUUCGAGGCCACCAUGAGGUUCUCCGCCUCGUCGAGGCCCGAGUGCGAGCUGCGCAGGACCAACUCGUACGGCUCCGGCAGUGCGCUGCAGGUGUUCCUCGGCGAGCUCAACGACAGCGACAUCGUCACGUACCGCAUGCAGAGGGGGCUCGUGGUGUGCCCGCACCAGAACAUCGUCCUGCCCAGCCCGUCGGCGGGGUUCGUGCUGCCGGCGCGCGAGGCGAGGCAGCUCGAGCUGUCCAUGACCAUCGAGAACACGGUGGUGGACAGAGAGGUGCUCGCGCUACCCUUAAAACUGCGCCGCUGCACCAGGCCGGGCGAGGGCACCAGCCAACUCACCGGGACCUACUCGGCCGACACGUGCAAGCUCGAGUGCAAGCUCAAGUACAUCUGGAACACUUGCCACUGCUUGCCCUACAUGUUUGCGGUCAUGGGCAGCAUCGCGGGCCUGGUCAUGGGCGUCUCCAUGGUGAGCGGGGUCGAGGCGUUGUACUACCUGCUCAAGACGGCGCUGGUGCUCGCCGGGCCCUUCCUGGACCUGCAGGGCGUGCAACACCGCCUGCAACGUCUACCCGUGCCCCGGGGCCUCCACUGGCUGCACCGCCUGCGCCUGCACCGCUUCAACCUGAUCGGCCGGGCGAAGCGGCUCGCCGACGGGCUGGUCAAGGGACAGUGGUCGCGGCACUUAGUCCUUGCAAUUUUACUUUUACAUAAUAUGGCCACCUCCACAGGUGGACCACCAUAUAAUAUGGAAAAAAAUAUGAGUAAAAAAGUUAAAGUACGACCCCCAAAAAAUCUACCAUUGGCAUGCAUAGUUUCCUUAUCACAGGCUGUUACAUCUGAAUAUCAGCAUUCCUGA